AUGACGACCGUCACAAAGAGCGUCAUGGCCAUGGCACUAACAACUCUAUACGUGCAGCUCAGCGGGUGUACUUCGGCCUUCCAGCUCACUACCAUCACGACCAGCUUCUUGAACAAGCUAACAACAAUCACUGUCCUCGCAUCUGAUGCUGCAGCCCCAGACUUCUCGGCCUGUCAGCCGCUAGGAUGGGACAGUUAG